CUCCUACCAAUCCGAUCCGGUUUAAUCCGAUGACCCGUUAGAGGGUUUUGGGUUUUUCUUGAAGAACACUCCAUUUUCUUCCACCUAAAACCCCUUCUCCUCCAAUUAAUCAUUCCAAAACCCUAACUCUCUGUAAAAUGGGUAGCAAUCAAGCAGCAUUAUCUCUUCUCAAAUAUCUAGCAAUCGGCGCAGCUGGGAUCGGCGCCGGCGCAACAGCUCUUAACUCUUCCCUAUACACCGUCGACGGCGGCCAACGAGCCGUACUUUUCGACCGAUUCAAAGGAGUCCUCAAUGAAACUGUCGAUGAAGGGACUCAUUUUUUAGUCCCAUGGCUUCAACAACCCAUCAUCUUCGAUAUUCGCACAAAGCCUCACACGUUCUCUUCCUUCUCCGGUACAAAAGAUCUCCAAAUGGUCCAUCUUACCCUCCGUGUUCUCUCUCGACCAGAAGUUUCUCGUCUUCCAGACAUUUUCAAAACCCUGGGUCUCGAGUAUGAUGAGAAGGUCCUUCCUUCCAUAGGCAAUGAAGUUCUCAAAUCUGUCGUAGCACAAUUCAACGCGGAUCAGCUUCUCACAGAACGUCCACAGGUGUCUGCAUUAGUUCGUGAGAGUUUGAUUCGUCGUGCUAAGGAUUUCAACAUUGAGCUUGAUGAUGUGGCGAUAACACAUUUAUCAUAUGGUGCUGAAUUCUCUAAGGCUGUGGAAAAGAAGCAGGUUGCCCAGCAGGAGGCAGAGCGGUCAAAGUUUGUAGUGAUGAAGGCUGAGCAAGAGCGGAGGGCUGCAAUUAUUAGGGCUGAAGGAGAAAGUGAGUCUGCUAAGUUGAUUUCCGAUGCAACUGCAGCUGCUGGUAUGGGUUUGAUUGAGCUUAGGAGGAUUGAGGCUUCGAGGGAAGUUGCGUCGACCUUAGCUAAGACUCCCAAUGUGUCUUACUUGCCCAAACAGAACAUGCUACUGGGACUGAAUGCAACACGUUGAUUAGGAGGAAUGUUGCAUUAUCUUAUUGGAACAGUAUCCAAUUUGCAUUCUAUGGCCUUAACUCAGAAGAAAGCAACUAGUGAAAUUGCAGGUUACAUAAUUGAAAAAGUGAAAGCAAGUCUGCUUCGGAUAGAUUAUUUCAAUGUGCUCAGUUAACGAACUGAAUUUAUGCAGUUGUGUGUAAGGGGAAUGAUAGAAAUGAUUCUGAGUCUGCUGGGUAUGGUUAUUUUAAUGCAUUUGUAUACAAGUAUUAUGCAUAAUGGCUAGCGGAUAUAAAUAUUUUUGGCCGA